AUGCAAUCUGAUGUCGCCAACGAGCGCAACUGGACCGCAACCCAAAGAAAUCAGCUUUUCGCGGAGCUAGGAGCAGCUCGCGGCUUCCAAAGGCUGAAAGUCAGCUCCCCGGGGUGGAAGAUGCGGGGGCGGGGGGUCGGGGGGAAGGCCUGGGAGCCGGUCGCCGCUCGGCUCCGGGCGGGCGCGCACGGCGGGUCCCAGCUAGCGCGGCGGCCGGGGGCGCGCGGCAGGAGCGUCCCUCGCGAGGCACGCAGCCCGGGUUCGAGCUCGGCCCCCGGCAGGGCGGCUGGAGAGCGCAGGGCCCCGCCCGACUCUGUCCCCGCAGUGUCCAGGCGCCGCGGGGCCGCCGCGGGCAAGGGGCAGCCGUGCGAAGUCCGGGAAGCGCCCUCACACCUGGUGUUCCUGGGCCUGGCCGGGGGUGGGGGGGGGCGCUCCCGACGGCUCAUCCCUACCCACUCACCCUCUGCCCCCGUGCGCUCCAGUUCCUGA